AUGUCGGAGGCACUUGAUGUGGAAAUGGAAAACGACGAGACCAAUGUGGCAAGCGCGAAGUCAUCCAAGGGACGAGGAGUGGGUCAACCUCGCCAGCGACCUGAGCGUAUCGUAUAUGAUGUAGUAGAUCACGAUGGGUCGUCAACAGGUCCGCAGCGAUCGAUCGAGGGUUGGAUCGUGUUCGUCACCAAUAUUCAUGAAGAAGCGACAGAAGAGGAUGUGCAAGACAAAUUUGGUGAAUUUGGGGAUAUCAAGAAUGUUCACUUGAACUUGGACCGAAGAACGGGUUUCCUGAAGGGUUAUGCCCUGGUCGAAUUCGAAACGCAGAAGGAAGCGGCCGCUGCAAUUGAGGGUUUGAAUGGUGAGGAGCUCCUCGGACAGAAAAUCGCAGUCACAUGGCAGAUAGCGCUAUCGACCCCUGUAGAGCUUCGACGAAGGAUGCUCCGUAGCGCCAUACGAGCUGUUUCAAGGUCAGCCGUGGCUGUACAAUCUGUGCGACGGCUGUCAUCUACUCCUAUCCUGCAAGCCGUACGUCCACUCGGACCAAAGUGCAAGCUUCCGGAUUUUGAGGGCACCGCUGUGGUCGAUGGAGAUUUCAAGGUUAUUUCUGCAAAAGACUACAAAGGCAAAUGGUUGAUCAUCUUCUUCUACCCGCUCGAUUUCACUUUUGUCUGUCCCACAGAAAUAAUCGCUUUUGGAGAUCGUGUUGAAGAAUUCCGUAAACUUGGCUGUGAGGUAGUGGCAUGUUCAUGUGACUCACAUUUCUCUCAUCUUGCUUGGACAGAAACCCCACGCAAAGAAGGAGGUCUUGGUGAAAUGAAAAUCCCGAUUCUUGCCGAUUUCAACAAGAAGAUUGCUAGGAACUUUGGAGUGCUGGAUGAGGAGUCUGGUGUGUCCUUCCGUGGGCUCUUCCUAUUCGAUCCUAACGGUGAUGUCCGCCACACCACAUGCAAUGAUCUACCUGUUGGUCGCUCAGUUGAUGAGGCUCUACGUGUGCUUAAAGCAUUCCAGUAUGUAGAGAAACAUGGAGAGGUAUGUCCCGCUGACUGGCAUGAUGACUCCCCAACUAUUAAGCCAGGGGUCAAAGAUAGCAAAGAAUACUUCAACAAGGUCAACAAAAUGUCCGAUGAUGAACUGUUUGCUAUUUAUGGAACAGAAUUUGAAGACUUGGAAGAAGAAGAAAAAGGAUCUAUAUCGAGGAAACCAGCUGGGAUCCAGGAUCAGAUCGUUACUGAUGAACAAGGAAGGCGUAGGUUCCAUGGAGCAUUUACUGGAGGUUUCUCAGCAGGUUAUUACAAUACUGUCGGCAGUAAAGAAGGAUGGGCUCCUCAAGAAUUUCGCUCGUCAAGAGAUCAACGAGCGGUAAAAUUCCUGCAGAGGGCAGAAGAUAUUAUGGAUGCCGAGGAUCUCGGUGAAUUCGGUAUCGGAGCAAGAAGAAUCAGAACCGCAGAAAAGUUUUCGAGCGGAAAAUCAGCAGAAAAACGAAUGGCCUGGGAGCAUGAUGUGAGCAGCUCUGGUGUUUCCAUAGCUCAACAGUUGGAGAGUGUUAUCAGACCUGUGAGUGAUUCAAUUGGGAAACGCAUGUUGAGAGCGAUGGGAUGGCGUGAAGGUCGAGGAGUAGGUCUGCUUACAGCGAAAUCGAAAGGAAAAGUGAGCGACUUCGACGCUGAACAGAUUAAAGCAGCUGCACCAGGUGGAUUCGACGUUGCCGCAGAAGACGUGCUGAUGACACGACUGCGAUCCGUAGAAACCAUCCAUGGUCUUGGCUAUGAAACCAUGAGUGCUUCUUCAGUAUUAGAUGAACGUUAUGGGAAAAGAGCAUCGGCUUUUAAGACAAAUGCAAAGAGUAAAGGAAUCAGAGGACAGGCAUUUGGUGUCGGUGCAUUUGAAGACGAAGACGAGAACAUUUAUUCGAAUUAUGAUUUGGAUCAAUUUGACUUUGCUUUGGAUGCACCGGGUACAUCGGAAGAAGGGACUGCUGGUGUAGACAGUACUUUUGUGUUGUCAAACAAGCGCCUCAAUCCACGAAAGUUUUAUCCACCACCAAAAUUGCCUCCGAACUUCCGACCAGCACAUCGACCAAAGCUUUUGGAAACGGCUAAAUUACCAACAGCACUUCAAGAUGCGAUGAAGACAUUGACCGCCAUACAGAGAGCGAAAUUACUGGGAGAAGACCGUGUUUCUGUAAUGGAAAUGGUGAAAGAUAAAGAUCGUAAACGUCUGGAACGGCACCGAAGUAGAUGGGACCAACGAGAAAAAAGUGAUGACCGAAGAGAGGACGACUCAAGAAACAAAGAUCGUGUCGAGUUUUCUGAAGAGCCGAUGAAACAAGCGAGAUUCAAAGAAUUUUUGAAAUAUUUGCGAAGAGGACUUGUACUACCACAACCGAAAGAACUUUCCGUAUGGGAAUGGGAGGCGGAAAGGAAGGAAUUUGAGAAGAAACUUACUGCUGAGGAGCGAGGAAUGUUACCGGAGGUUCGAGCAAGAGCACAGCCGCUAGCAAAAUCAAGCCUUGCCCUGCCGAUACAGGAACUGCUCCAAAACAAAUUCACCAAAGAAACAGGUGUAUCUGGUCAUUCCGGUAGAAAUGACAGUGAUAAGAUUGCAGCAGUUAAGAUGGGCAUGUUUGGCGAGAGGACCAGGACAACUUUUCAGUGGUAUCCCGACAAUGUUCUGGCUAAGCGAUUCAACAUUCCGAAUCCGUAUCCAGGAGGUGGUAUAGUGGGUGUGCCUCAUCUUCAGAAAAGCACCAAGAAGGAAACAUUGCUGAAUCUAGGGCUACCACAAACUGCUAACGAGCUAUCUCAUAGAAAGCUGAUUGUUGAUGAGCCGUUGGGAGAAGUAGAAGAGAAAGAGCCCAAGUCACUAGAAGAAGAAUUGGAUCGGCCUCCACAGUCAAUAUUCGAUGUGAUUUUUGGCGAAAGUGAAAGUGAUACUGACAGUGAGUCAGAGGAAGAGGCAGAAGAAGAGAAGAAAAAUGAGGUGGAACCACCGAAAGAAGAAAAGAAAGAGGUGGAGGAGGAGGAAAAGAAACAUGAACAGGAGAAGACAUUAACGGAAACAGAGCCGAAGAAAACAGUCACCGUAAUGGAUGUAGUGGAUGAUGAAGAGGAUUUUGGACCUGCACCUCCACCUAGCACUAGUGAAACUAUCACUGGAUUUUCUGUGCUGAAGUAUUUGAAGGAGGAGAUAGAUAGACGAAAAAAAGACAAGAAACACAGAGAACAUAGGAAACACAAAUCAAAAAAAUCGAAGAAAGAAAAGACGUCGAAGAAAUCGAAGAAGGAGAAGAAAAGCAAAAAAUCUCAUCACAAACAUCGUUCCUCAUCCUCAUUGUCUAGCGAUUCGUCGGUGGUCGAAGUGAUCGAUUGA